AUGCAAGAUGGGCGCGGUAGCCCCAGCAAGGCAUGGCAAGAAGCAUCUAGAGGCCUGCAGCGGCAGCCAGAUAUAUGCUGUCCAGCAACUAGUUAUUUCAAACUCCGGUCCAGUUGCGUCUGCCAAAAAGAUCCAGGAGAUGGUCUGGAUGAGGUCCCGGAGAUUCACUCCUCGACCACGACGACGGUGCGGGUCGAAGAUGAGAGCAAGGAGGGGAUAAAAGUGACGUAUUGCUAUCUCGUGGGUGAUCAUUCUCGGAAAAUCUACGAAUUGACGGAGGGUGAAGAGAUUGCCAAUUGGGUCCAAGGGCAGAAGAGAUAUGUUUGGGUUGCACAUUCGAUGAAGGGCGCAGCGGAUGGCAAGAUUGCGAAGGUAAUACGACGAACCCGGUCGGAGGAAGCGGUGCUAAGAGCUAAAGAAGAUCGCCGGUACUUAUCGAUGUAUAUCUAG